AUGAACAAGGUUCUUCAGUUAGGUCUCAAGAGCUCCGUCAUCAAUGUCGCCAAGUUUCUGGUGGUGCCUGUGAGGAGAUUAAGAAUCGGCGCAUCUAUUGUUGGUGUUGGAGUAAGGACUAUAAGUUUCAACACGAGGCUCAUGUCUAAUGAGACGGUCAAAUCUACACCUUCCUCUAUCUACAAGAGCAAGGGAAAAGAAGUCAAAUUAGUAGCAGCAGCUAGUGAUCAGAAUUGUCAUCAUCAAAUGGGAAGUGAUAGUGAUAGAGAUGAAAUGCAAAAGGCAAUUGAGACGAUGACGGUUCAAGAGCUUAAAGCCACAUUGAGGAAACUAGGACUACCUGUGAAAGGACUUAAACAAGAACUUAUCUCCACUUUACGACUUCAUAAGGACAGAGAUGGAAGUUGUGGUGCAGAAACAAAUGAAGCUACUUCAUCCACCCGUUUACAAAGUGUCACCAUCAAAAGAAAGAUGAGAAAUCAGCAAGAGUCUCCUGAAGAUGACUCUGAAGCUUAUGGCAAUGAUCAUGGAGAGAGACGAGUCAAACAGUCUACUGACAAAAAGUUGAAAGCUAAAGUUUCUUCAAAAACUAUCUCAAAUGAAAAAGGUAAGAAGAAAUCUCUGUUGAAAGAGGAAGAAGCAUCAUCAAUGACCAUAUCUAGCGAAGUCCUUAAAGUCGAUGAAAUCAUCUCAUCCUCAAGUCAAAGUGAACCAUGGACUGUACUAGUUCAUAAGAAGCCUGAGAAAGACUGGAAAGCUUAUGAUCCAAAGACAAUGAGACCUCCUCCUCUACCGGAAGGUACCAAGUCUGUGAAGAUCAUGACUUGGAAUGUUAAUGGACUGAGAGCUUUGUUGAAGUUAGAGAACUUCUCUGCUCUCCAGCUUGCCCAAAGAGAAAACUUCGAUGUCUUGUGCUUGCAGGAGACUAAAAUCCAGGUGAAGGAUGUUGAGGAGAUUAAGAAAACUCUCAUUGAGGGCUAUGAUCAUAGUUUCUGGUCCUGUAGCGUCUCAAAGCUUGGUUACUCUGGAACUGCGAUCAUCUCACGGAUAAAACCGCUCUCGGUUAGAUAUGGUACUGAUGUAUCUGGAUCGGAUCAUGACAUGGAAGGACGCAUUGUGACUGUUGAAUUCGACUCCUUCUACUUGAUAAGCACAUACGUCCCUAAUGCCGGAGAUGGCUUGAAAAGACUGUCAUACAGGGUUGAAGAAUGGGAUCGAACUCUCAGCAGUUACAUCAAAGAGCUGGAGAAGUCUAAACCUGUAGUCUUGACUGGUGAUCUAAACUGUGCUCAUGAAGAAAUCGACAUCCACAAUCCCGCGGGGAACAAAAGAAGUGCUGGUUUUACAAAAGAAGAAAGAGAAUCAUUUGGAGCAAACUUCUUAGACAAGGGCUUUGUAGAUACCUUUAGGAAACAGCAUCCUGGUGUUGUAGGUUACACUUAUUGGGGUUAUCGCUAUGGUGGCCGCAAAACCAACAAAGGAUGGAGACUGGACUACUUCUUGGUGUCUGAAUCAAUCGCAGCAAAUGUCCAUGAUUCUUACAUUCUCCCUGAUAUCAACGGCAGUGAUCAUUGCCCCAUUGGCCUUAUUCUCAAGCUCUGA